UUAUAUGGUUUUCGCUUUUAGCUCAUUUUUCCUAUUCCAAUUUUCUCCAUUUUCGUUAUAAGCUGUUUUUAAUUUUAAUAAACAAAAGGAAGAAGGAGGAAGAAAUAGAGGAAAAUAAUAAUACGUACGGAUAAUGUCGUUAAUAUUUUAGUAUCUUUUGUUAAGAAUUAUUUGGUAAGUUUCCAAAACUGUAUUUCUGGUAUCCCCGGCUACGAACGAACAAAUGUCUAUUGUGCUGGAAUAAACGGAAAUGUCUUUAGAUCAAACCGUUUGCGAAGAUUUAAAGGCGUUUGAGAGACGUCUGACUGAGGUUAUUGCAAGUUUACAACCGGCUACUUUACGAUGGAGAAGUUUUAUCUCAGUUUGUACAGCAGUCGGUGCUUGGCAUUGGUUAACAGAUCCAAAUACAUCGGCAGUUUCUUUUACACAAAGUCUGUGCAAUCAUCCAUUCUUUACUACUGCUAGUAUUAUAUUGGUAAUAUUAUUCAUGAUGGGAGUACAUAGGCGUGUUAUCGCACCUAGUAUAAUAACCCAAAGAGCAAGAAGCGUAUUAGGUGAUUUUAAUAUGAGUUGCGACGAUACAGGGAAGCUUAUACUUAAGCCCAAAAGACCAACGCAUCCUCACGAGACAUGAAAAGACGUUAUGUACAGUGUAUAUAUUAAGUCGUAAGAUCUUUGCAAAUGCCUGGAUUGCUAAAUAGGGUGUCCAAAAGGAAUGUAUAUGUCAAACAUAUUUUUAUAUAAUAAUGAAUAUAUUAUUUAUAAUUCGUUCAAUUAAUUCUUCUUUUUUCUUUUUUCUUUUCCUUCUUUUUCUUUUUCAAUAAUAUAAAGCAAAUAAUAUCAAAGUAAAUUCUUUUGGGAUUGAUAUAUGUUAGAUUGAAUAUCGUCAAAUUUUUAAAUUCCGAUAUUCCUUUUUAUCGAAAUACUUUCUGUUUACGUAAUAUACUUAAAAGAUAACAGACCUUUUUUUUGUUUUUGUUAUUUUUUUUGGGGGGGGUGGAGGGGGGGGGUAUUUUCAGAAAUUAUCUAAGAAGCAAACAAACAUAUAUUUUUGCUACCGUGAUCGGAGAAAAGAAAAAAAAGAAAAAGAAGUAUUAUCUAAGUCAGUGCAUACAUUCAUUCUGAACACUCUAAGGAAAAAAAAAAGAGGGGAAAAAAAAAGAGAAAGAAAAAAAAAAGAAAGAAAGAAAUUGACCGUUUAAUAAAUUCUGUCUAAAGAAUGAAAUAUCACAGAUUCCAUUGAACUGUUAAAAAUAUUCCAAGUUACGUUUUCUUUUUCUUUUUCUUUCCUUUUUUUUUUUUUUUUCUUUUUCUUUUUUUGUGACCUGAAAAUAUUCAUGUACAAAUGACAACGUUUAUUGUAUUUAAUUCUUAAGGAAAUUAUGUUUGGUUGAUAUUACUUAUCAAUAUAUGAUCGUUUGAUUUCAUAUAAUUUAAAAAAAAAAAAAAAAAGAAGUGUCUUUGUGAGAUCAUAAUUGAGAAUGUGAUUACUUUCUGUAGUUACUUUUCUCUUUCUUGUUUUUUUUUUUUUUUUUUUAUGUACAUAUUGUAUAUAAAAUUUAUAAUAGCGGCAUUAGACAAUUAAGUAUUUAAUUUCUAUAGCGAAUAAUCUAUAAAAAAUAUCUAAUAAUUAUCACUUACAUCAACGUACUAUAUUUCCUUAUAUAACUUUAAUAUAAAAACAUUUUUUCUUAAUGUUCUAAACGUGUGUGUAAUAGUCUUUACGUUCUUCCAUAUUUUAGAUAAUAAUAAAUGAGUAUGUUUAAUGUGAGGUAAUUGUCUUCAUUGACUAUAAAUAAAAGUAUAUUGUCAAAUGAUUUAGAAAGUGCAGAAAUAAAUUGAUCUCUAUUAUA